AUGGAUAGAAUUAGAAAGGCUGAAGAGCUAAGGGAAGUUGCUGGUGGUGGAGUGGGGACUCACCAAUCAGCCAACCCUACGCUACCUACAUCUACUACACCGUCUUCAACAACCGUGGAUCCCGUGAAGGCGUUUUCUAUUGAGAAGAUCAUGGCGGAGGACUACGAGCACUGGAGCUUCCGCAUGAGGCUGAUGUACACCCAAUACAAGCUAUUGGAUCUGGUGGAGGGGAAGGAGAUGUUGCUGGAGGCCGCAGAGCUGAAAGGAGCGUGGAUGAAGCGAUCGUUUGACGAGUACAUGCUCAUGGUGCAAGCGGUUGGCGAACGACAACUUGACCACAUCAAGGACCUCUUGGCGAUAAACCUCAACUCCCAACAACCCCAAUGGAGCGUGGAUUACAUUCGCGCGCGCAUCUUUGAGGAUGAAUUGCGGCGGCGUAGUGUGGAGCACUUGGAGGAGGGGGCUGGCUAUGGAGUUGGAGGUGGAAAGAGUGGCUUCAAGAAGAAGUGGAAGGGCAAGUACAGGGACGACCCUAAAGAGGAUGGCGGCGGGGGUCAAGGGGAGGUGUGUUUCUCCUGCAAGAAGCGCGGACAUCGUUGGCGGAAGUGCUACCAACGACCCAAGGAUUGGACCCCGCCUUCAUCAAGCAACCAGCGUGGUGGCACGAUGAGUGGGGGAGUCAUGGGGGCUAGUGGAGAGGAGAAGGAUGAGGAGAAAAGCGGCAAAUCUGAGGAGCGGAAGGCUGGGUUCUUCUUCUUCGUGAACGAAGGUGCUACCGACCUCGCUAUGGCUGCCAAGGUGAACGGCAUUGAGUUCCCGAGUGGAGACCACCUGAGCCGGUGUCCGGUCAGGUGGAGUCCACUUAGUGCCUCUUGCAAGCGUCUACUCCUGUGA